AUGACUCUGGGGAUAGUGAAGGCGAGAGCGAGGUCAAGAACGAGCUCUGUUAUCUCCUCUCUACACGAUCAGAGGCAGCGAGCUGUAGAGACUGUUGCCUCAACGCUUGAUCAGCAUCAAAGUUUCCGCAACCUCGGUAAGCUGCGCGAUGGCCACUGCUGUGUCAUUACAGGGGAUAUGGAUACAGAGGAAUGGGAUCGGAGAGGGCGCCCAGAUGAUGUUGAUUUCGGGCCUGUGGAGGUCGCAUAUAUCAUCCCAUUUGCAUACACAUCUUGGGAAAAGUCCACACAAUGUCCUGGCCAGACCACCUCUUCCAGGGAAGUCUUGUGGCACUGUUUCCCACAGGUCCGUCUAGUGGGAAUGCAGGUAUCGUCCAUCAACAGCCUCUUGAACGGUAUCACACUGCGAGACUAUGUGCACACGCAGUUCGGCAAAUAUACCAUCGCCUUCAAACCCACAGAUACCCCGAACGUGUACGAGCGGAAAUUAUUUAACAGAUUUCCAAGUGCCCAGAGAAGAACCUUGCCCCAGAGCAGCCGGAUCAAGUUUACGCACGCGCCGGGCACAGAGACUUUUGAGCUACCCAGCACCGCCUUACUCAAUUGUCACUAUCGCCUGGCGGAGAUCCUUAACGCUUCUUGA